AUGGGGGCCUUCCAUUUCAAUCGGAGCCUUCUCUGGCUUUUUGGCCUAACUUGUCUCUUCUUGUUGUGCCAGAAUGCCAAAGCCAAAGGCUGCAGUGCCCUCGCCCCUUGUGCCACUGGCUGCUGUAACAAAUUCGGUUACUGCGGAAUAACCGACGACUUCUGCGGUGCCGACUGUGUCGCUAGCUGCGAUUUUGAACCAGAGUGCUCUGUCUCAAAACCCUGUGCUCAGGGAUGUUGCAAUAAAUUUGGGUUCUGCGGUUUAGGACCUGACUUCUGCGGAGAUGACUGUGUUGGGACCUGUGAGAGAAAGUCCGAGUGCGAUCCCGGAAAAUACGGCGAUUAUGCCGAGUCUAAGAAAUGUCCCUUGAAUGUCUGCUGCUCCAAGUUUGGUUUCUGUGGAACUACCAAGGACUUUUGCGGCAACAAGAAAGUCAAGCGUCCCUCAUGCCCUAACCAGGACAGCUUGAAUCGAGUUGUUGGGUACUACGAAGGCUGGAGCGUUCAACGCCCAUGCAAUGUCUUCUAUCCUGACCAGAUCCCGGUUGGAGUCUACACUCAUCUCAACUAUGCCUUUGCUUCAGUUGACCCCGAAACGUUCGACGUCCUGGCUCCUAGCGAGUACGAGAAAAAGCUCAUGAAGAGACUGACUGAUCUCAAAAAAGCCGACCCUGAUCUCAAAGUCUUCAUUGCCAUUGGAGGAUGGACUUUCAAUGAUCCUGGUCCAACUCGAACGGUCUUCUCUGAUAUUGCGCGCUCAGAAGCAAACCAGAGGAAGUUCAUUGCCUCUUUGAAGACAUUCUUGACUGAUUACAACUUUGAUGGCGUUGAUCUCGAUUGGGAAUAUCCAACUGCAGAUGAUCGUGGUGGGCGUCAAGAGGACUUCAAAAACCUCCCCAAAUUCCUCGCCAACCUUAAGAAUACUCUCAAAGAAACAGCUGGCCGUGAUGGGGUUAGCAUAACCCUUCCUGCUUCGUACUGGUAUCUGCAACACUUUGAUCUCGAAAACUUGCACAAACAUGUCGACUUUUUCAACAUCAUGUCCUACGAUCUUCACGGGAAAUGGGAUUUGGGAAACCAAUGGCUUGAUCCUGUUCUCAACUCUCACACCAAUCUGACCGAGAUCAAAAAUGCCAUGGAUCUCAUCUGGCGUAACGACGUCCCCUCCGACAAGGUGGUUCUUGGAUUGGCAUUCUACGCUCGUGUCUUCUCUGCUUCGGACCCUGCCUGCAUGGAACCUGGAUGUCCCUUCGUUUCGGGCGGUAAUCCAGGUCCCUGCAGUGAUGAAGUUAGUAUCCUACUCAACUCCGAAGUCAAGGAUAUCAUGAGCGAGAAAAAGCUCACAUCAAAACUCGACAAAGACGCUGCCGUCAAGAUACUGAAGUUCGACACGAAUCAGUGGCUCACAUAUGACGACGAAGAAACCCUCGAAAUGAAGACCGAUUUUGCCAAGUCCCAGUGUCUUGGUGGUGUCAUGGUUUGGGCAGUUUCUCAUGAUCAUCCAUCUGGCAACUUCUCUACUGCGUUGGCUAAAAAGACCGGCCGAAAGGGCACCUCACUAGCCUUUGACAAGACGAAAGAUUCAAUGGAAAUCCAGAAGACCCAUCUCCAAUGUCGAUGGACCAACUGCUUCGAGGGUUGUCCCAGUGGAUGGACAAGUGUUGCUCGCACUGACAAAGGUGCUCGCGGGGACGAGAGAAUGUGGGAUAACACCGGAUGUGGUGGUGAUGCACAGCAUACCUUCUGCUGUCCACCAGACUCUGAGCAGCCCAAGUGCGGUUGGUAUACGCACAACAAUGGCCACUGCAAAUCACAAUGCCCGUCCGGGUAUGUGGAAGUUGGAUCGAAUUUCCAGCAUUGCAGCAACAACGACAACGACUACCAGGCUGCAUGCUGUACAACAGACACAAACAGCAUGAAGCUUUACUCUCAAUGUGACUGGGCUGGCGGUGCGCCAAAUUGUGACGACGGAGAGUGCCCAAGCAGCAUGAAAUAUUUCCUAAAUUCAACCACUGGCAGUGGUGGAAACUACUGCAACCCGAAAAGCGUCAAAUAUACCUGGAACGGUAAUGAAGGUACUUCCUGGGAGACGCGAAAGUACUGCUGCGAUGACGACGACAAGACCAAAUGGGACGACUGCGAAUGGAGAGACGACAUUGGUCUCGCACUUGCUGAUGGUACUGUCAAAGAUUACUGCUUCAGCGGCUGUCCCGAUGACAAAGUCCGCAUCGCCAUGGAUCAACACCGAGACGGCUGCAAAGGCGACGGUGGAAAAUCCAUGUGCUGCAGCGCGAACUAUGUCACGAAGAAGAAGCGAUCCUACACUGAUUCUGAAAGCCGACUUGAGUCUGAAGUGAAAGCAUUCAUGAAAAACCCAGACUGCGGUAGCGAUGCCUACAACUUCAAGCGCGAUCUGGAAGGCAUGGACUUUGUGGGCCUCUUCUCAGAGGAAUACAACCACACAUCGGUUUUACAUCGUCGGUUUGAUACCAAGCCGUAUGAUGCUAUGCGCGGCCUGAUGCUCGAUAUCGGCUUCACGUUUGUGGCAGGCCAAGCAGCCAUCGAAAUUUGGAACAAAAACGUUGCUUCUGUCUACAAGAAUUUUGCGGUCACUAAACUCCAGUCAUGGCUGAAGAAGAAUUCUGAAUGGAAGGAAGAUGGAAUGGUCGAUUAUUCCGCCUUGAUGAUCUGCAACAUGGGCAUAUUCGACGACAAGAUUGGAGGUGAAGACAGUGAGCUCAGCUGCGAAUACCCAUAUCCAACCAGCUGUCCAGACGGAGAAGCCGAAUGUGAUGAUGAGGAUUCAGACGUCGAUGAUGAGGGAGGAAACCUCGAGGCACGGAGUUUGGAAAAGAGAGCGGGUCCCCGGCCCUCCACAUUAAAAUUCCGCGAUGGGGGUUCCCUUUUCUGGCAAUCUUUCGGGUAUAGAAGCAGUGGUGAAUAUCCUAUAGGCCACCGCAUUUGGGACCAUGCAUAUGGAUUACGAAACGCGGAUGAUUGUCUGGAUACGACCCUUGGGAGUCAAAGGAUCACCACUGAGGCGGGCAGACGACCCUAUUCAGUGGAACAUUACAUUGAACUGAACACGAUUCUCGGGUUCCUCAGCAACGGUUACGAAGGAGCCUUGUCAACCGGGGGACGACCCAGGAACCCUGCCCUACCUCGUCCAUUCCUGGAAGCACUCAACACUCCCAUGCUGCGCAUUGCACCUCCAAUGAUAGGUGGGGGGCAUCGUCAACUCCGCUUUCGGAUGUGGCGUGAUGAAACAAGAUUCAGAAACAUGAACACUAUGAUGCAGGCCGAUAAUCCGAACGAAGCCCUACGAAGCAUCAGAUCUGUCAUCACUGUCAUGAAUUAUCUGAAUGAUCCUCGAGUACGUCCUCAUAUGGUUGACACUUCAAAUGAAGUCCGCAGGGAGUGGGGCCUAGUAGACCAGCAGUUGAACGCCGAUGGAAAUGAGGCUGUCUAUGCCCAGGAUUGGUGGGAUCAAUGGUUCCGAGACCGGCUUCAGCAUAUUGGAAUAACGAAUACCAAUUGGGCCCUUGGCCGGAUAGCCGACAUGAGACGACUGUGGGCAGUGAGGACGGGAUCCAAUGUUACACCUACUAUCGAGACCCUGGACAAGUUGAAAGCGGAUGCCACGGAUAUGAAGAUUGACAUGGAUGAUCUAGAUUGA